CUGAGAAAGAGAAAUUUAUAACCAAAUAUGUAGAAGAAUGUAAGAAGGCAACACCUGGAGGCAGCAAUGAAGCAGCAAUCACUAGGACUGAUAGUGCUAGUGAUGGUAGGGCCUUUACUGGUCUUAGUAAAGAUGUCCUUUUGCUUAUGCCUAAAGUCCGUGAGGAUUGCUCUAAAAAUAUGCAAUUCUUCCCUGAGAAAGGAAAAGUAGUCGUUUUAGCAUCUUCAGAGGAAGAGAGGGAGCAAUGCAUAACACAAUUUCAAAAUACAUAUCAGGAAAUCAUUAAAAAUCGUCAGUUGAAGUCCGGCAGUCUUGAAAUACCACCUGCCUUUCAAAUGGGAAAUAUGUUUGAUUUAUUAGAAGAGUGUGAUGCUAAAUAUAGUCUAUGUCAUUUCUCGUGUGAUGAGAAAGCUCGAGUGGUUAGGAUAGUAUCAAUGUCAUCACGUCAAUUUGAUCAGGCAAAGAAGCUACUAGGUGGUCGAUUGGCAGGAGAGAAAGGAGAUAAAUGGGAAGAAAAGACAGGAAAAAAGAAAGAAGAGAAAGGAGGAGCCACUGGGGGCAGUAGUGCUGGUGAUGGUAGGACCUUUACUGGUCUUAGUAAAGAUGUCCUUUUGCUUAUGCCUAAAGUUCGUGAGGAUUGCGUUAAGAAUAUGAAGUUCUUCCCUGAGGAAGGAAAAGUAGUCGUUUUAGCAUCUUCAGAGGAAGAGAGGGAGCAAUGCAUAACACAAUUUCUAAAUUCGUAUAAAGAAAUCAUUAAAAAUCGUCAGUUGAAGUCCGGCAGUCUUGAAAUACCAACUGCCUUUCAAAUGAAAAAUAUAUUUAAUUUGUUAGAAGAAUUUGAUGCUAAAUAUAGUCAAUGUCACUUCUCAUGUGAUGAGAAAGCUCGAGUGGUUAGGAUAGUAUCAAUGUCAUCACGUCAAUUUGAUCAGGCAAAGAAGCUACUUGGUGAUCGACUCAUUGGACUGGCAGAAAAGAAAUGGGAAGAGAAGACAGUAAUGAUAAAAAAAGAGAAAAGAGGAGGAAGCAAGGCUCUAGAAGCUACUGGAACUGGUUCACCUAAAGUAUUAUCAGUUAAUAAAGGUCAUACAGAAAUAACAAGGUCUUCUUUACAAGUUGACAAUUUCUCAACACCACCUGGCUCUCUUGCACCUCCACCUUAUGACGGAAAGGAAAGAUUUUCUCUGAGUAAAAACACUGAUUGCAAAGGUUGCUGCAUUUGUCUGAAUGAAGUUGCAACAGAUCCUGUUACUAUGAAAUGUUGUAGUAAAGUAUUCUGUAGAUUAUGUAUUAAUAAAGCUUUAGAGCAUUCCUCAUUGUGUCCAAACUGUCGAGUAGCAGUCAAACAAGUGAAAGGGAAUCAACCACCAGGCACAAUGGGGCAUGAUUUUAGUCAGUCUUCUUUACCUGGUUAUGAGAGAUUUGGGACCAUUGUCAUUAGAUAUUCUAUACCUGGUGGUGUACAAACUAAUGAGCAUCCUAAUCCAG